GAAAGAUGUAGAAAAGGAGGAGGAAGAGAAUAAGAGUCAGUUCAGAGAGAAAGCAGAAAGCAGAGGUCAGUGAGGGGAAACAAGCUAAAGAUUCAGAAAGAAUAAGGAACAAACUGGCUGAUAUUGACAAGAUGCUUGCUCUGAUUUGGGUAACUCUGCUCUUUACUACAACAGGUUUAGCACAAAGCAGUGAGAAGGCAUCUAAAGGCCAAACAUUGACUGUUACUCUAAAACCGACAAACCAAACAGCAGCAAACAUUACUGUUGAAGUUGAGGAAAUAAAUAUGACUUUAGAGAUCGCCUCUCUGAAGAACAAAAGGAACAUCACUUUGACCUGUUCUGCUCCUGCUUUCUGCUCUGGAUCUAAACUUCAGUUCACCUGGAUGUACCAAGAAGCAGGAAAGGACAAUCUCAGAAUCACAGACAAUGACACUGAAUUCAUGAUUAAUAUGACAGAGAACCACACCUCAAGCCUGACUUUUAAAGCCUCACCUAAACAUCACAAUAUGAACGUUACCUGCAUGGUCGACUUUCCUGGCAACAAACCAGUACAGAAAACGCUUAACAUGAGCUUUUCUCCCAGAAUCAGCAGCAGCUCUGGCUGUCAGAAUCAGUCAAAUCUCCUGACCUGUGUGUGUAUCAGUGAAGGGUUUCCUUCACCAAACAUCACUUGGCCGCUGUUGAACAAAAUCUCUGAGUACAGCCUGUCAACCAAACUCUCAGCUCUGUCAGUCACAAGUAACAUGAUUGUGUCUUUAGAAGAAUUUAGGGACGUUACUGUUGAGUGUGUCAGCAGGAAUGAUAUUGGUGAAACUAAAGAAAACUUUACCAUCUCAGAAGUAAAUCAGACAAUAAAUUCAGAAGUGGUACAUAUUCCUGACAAAUCAAAACAUCUAAAUAUUUUUAGUUAUUUGGUGGAACUUUUUAAAGAAAAGAUGAUUUCUGUCCUGAUUGUUUUUGGAGUUGGAUUUCUGGUCGGAUUAUUGGUUACAACUUUGAUUGCUUGCCUUGCGACAAAAUGCAACAGGAAGAAAAAGAAAAGCUCUUAUUCUACUGAAGAAUUGGAACUGGUAAAUACUGAAGUUGUUUUCAAGGAUGAUGGGACCCUACUCUUCCAGGAUGACGGCAUCCUAAACCAAGCAGCUGCAGAAUGUGAAGAGCUUUGUGGGGACUUGAUAGACUCAGACAUGUCACCAAAGGAAACUGUGUACUCGGACAUUGACUUCUGUGCGCUGAAAAAGAAGAAUCCUGCAGAUGCCAAGGAGAAGGAGGAUAAAACUGAGACUGAAUAUGCUGAGAUCAAGAGGGGGGAAAUAGAGGAGGCACAAGAAAAUGAAGGAAUGGACUGUGAAAUGUUGGAGGGAAAUGAUGAGACAGCGGUGAUGAUAGAGCAUCAGGAAGAGGCAGAAGAGAUUGUGGUGCCUGAAGAGGUAGUAGGAGAGGCUGACUAACUUUAUUACAACAAAAAGGAAGUCAUGGAUCAGAACUGAACACCGUACAUCAGUUUAGAAAGCAUACGUCUUUCUUCUUUGUAGAAGACAUAUUUGCAUGGGAGAGGCAUUUCUUGCAUUUUUAAGUGCUUAUAUUUAGAACAAGUAAAGCAAGAAGGUGGGUGAAUAUAUAAUGAGCUCUUGAAGAACAAAAAAUAAUAUUUAUUAAAUUUGAGCUUGUACAUAAGAAACGGUAGGGUGAAGGCAAAUCAGAAAAAAGCUUGAAUCCUUUGGCAGUUUGCAUUUCAAAACCUAAUUCAUCCUCUGACUAGUUGAAGAUGACCAAGCUGAAGAAUGUAAAGUUAUAUAACGAUGUUUCAGGUUUUGGUACAUGGCUGACUGGUGUAUUAUCUUCACAAAGCAAAAAAAAUGCAAGUCAGGUUCCAGCCACGCUUCUUUUUACAAAACAAAUAUUUUUAAGUAGUAUUUUUUUACAAAAACAUAUAUUUUGACAAGCUAUAAUGUGUGUUACAUUUACUAUGUAUAGAGUAUUAUGAAAUAAAACGUGUCUUUCUUUAGGCAGUACGUUUGUUGUACAUACCCUUUUGCUGCAAUAAACUGAGACGUUACACUUGAUUGCUUUGA